AAGCAAGCCGCCCGUGUGAAGAUGGCGGCUGAGCUGCACCCGUGUAGCGGAAAGCUAAUCGGACUGUCGAAUUCGAACCGAACCGCUCAGCGGAACCAACCAGUCCAGGAGUUUAACCACGGUUUGGUUCUAAGCAGAGAGCCGCUGAAAGACCGUGAUGUAUUCACCGUCCGUAUUGACAAGAAGGUGAACUCUUGGAGCGGGUCCAUAGAGAUCGGGGUGACUUCUCUGGACCCGGCUGGUCUCGACUUCCCCAGCAGCGCUACGGGUCUGAAGGGAGGCUCCUGGAUCGUGUCUGGCUGCUCUGUGCUACGUGACGGCCGCUCCGUCCUCGAGGAGUACGGCCGAGACCUGGACCAGCUGUCUGAGGGCGACCAUGUGGGCAUACAGCGGAGCACCCACGGCGAGCUCCACCUGUGGGUGAACGGGCAGGACUGUGGCGCUGCUGCCAGUGGUCUCCCGACGGGCCUCUGGGCGGUGGUGGACCUCUAUGGCAAGUGUACGCAAGUGACCGUGGUGAGCUGCGAGCCGCCGUCCUUGGCUGAGAGAGACACGGAGAGGGAGACGGUGGAGGAGCGUGAGCAGGAAGAUGAGGAAGAGGUGGUGGUGUGCGGGGUCAGGGAGGGGGAGUUCGGGGGUCUGACGUCAGCGGUGAACCUGGCGGCGGCGACAAACGGGACGUUAGAGGAAGUGCCUGUGCUCCCUCCUACUCAUAACCGACCUGACAAGUUUCCCAACAACCUUGAGCCUGAGACGGGUAAGAAAAUCAAAACCUCUACCCCAAUCUCAGUUGCACCAUUGACCAAAUGUAAGUCUCCAUCUUUCUCUCCCUCCCCUAUAGUUCUGACGGAGCACCAGCUCUUUGACGUGUUAAACAAUGCCAUUGUAUCCCUUUACCGCUCUGAGGACAAUGGAGGGGGAGAUCUGGGAGGAGGUGGAAUAGGGAGAGACUCAGGAACAGGAAGUAGAGGGGACAGGGGGAGCAGCAGCGGUGGGGGAUCCGUUAACGGUAACAGUAGUGACAGCGGGGGCGGGACCGGCAAUACUGGAAGCGUCAACAGCCCUGCAGGUGGCGGAGGGGCGAGACUCGGGGCAGUGACGGGCGGGAUGCUGACCAAUGAUGCGCUGCUGUUCCACGAGAAGUGCGGCACACUGAUCAAGCUGAGCAACAACAACAAGACGGCGGAGAGGCGGCGACCGCUGGACGAGUUCAACAACGGCGUGGUCAUGACCAACCGGCCGCUUCGACACAACGAGAUGUUUGAGAUCCGCAUAGAUAAGCUGGUGGACAAGUGGUCGGGGUCGAUCGAGAUCGGCGUGACAACACACAACCCCAACAACUUGGACUACCCAGCCACAAUGACAAAUCUGCGCUCAGGUACAAUCAUGAUGAGUGGCUGUGGGAUCCUGACGAACGGCAAGGGAACACGUCGGGAGUACUGUGAAUUCAGCCUGGAUGAACUGCAGGAGGGGGAUCACAUAGGCUUGAUGCACAAGGCCAGCGGAGCUCUUCACUUCUACAUCAAUGGCAUCGACCAAGGCGUGGCAGCGGCCCAGACGCCCGCCGUAGUCUACGCCGUGGUCGACCUCUACGGCAUGGCUGUCAAGGUGACCAUCGUCCACAAUCACAACCACAGCGACCGCCUCCGCCGCAACAACGCCAUCAUGCGGGCGCUGUCGCCAGACGUUGGUCGCCCCCGGCCUGCCCACUCCCUCACGCCGGACCCCGACACUCCCGACCGCCUCCUCUUUCACUCCAACUGUGGCCAAAAGGCAGCCAUCAUCAGCGAGGGCAGGACGGCUCUUCGCCCUCAUGCUACGGACGACUUCAAUCACGGCGUGGUCUUGAGCGGCCGCCCGCUGCACUCCAACGAGGUGUUCCAGGUGCGCAUCGACAAGAUGGUGGACAAGUGGGCAGGCUCCAUCGAGAUCGGCGUGACCACGCACAACCCCGCCUACCUGCAGCUGCCCUCCACCAUGACCAACCUGCGCUCAGGUAAUACCAACCAAUCAGGGACUUGGAUGAUGACAGGAAACGGGGUGAUGCACAACGGAACCACCAUACUGGACGAGUAUGGACACAACCUGGACCGACUCAAAGCGGGGGACACAGUGGGCGUGGUGCGGAAGGAGGACGGGAGCCUCCACUUCUUUGUGAACGGGGUGGCACAGGGCCCGGCGGCUUGGAACGUACCACCCAGUGUCUAUGCCGUGGUGGACCUCUACGGCCAGGCCGCACAGGCAACCAUCAUGGACGACGUGGCAGACCUCCCCCCUCUCCCCGAGGACAGCUCGGAGGGCCCCACCGUCAUGUCGCCCAGCAGCCCAUGCUCGGUCGCCGGGGGCAACAGUGCCAACGACCUGCGCUUCCACCAGCUGCACGGCACUAACGCGGUAAUCACCAAUGGGGGGCGCACCGCCCUCAGACAGAACUGUCGAUCCGAGUUCAACGACGCCAUCGUCAUCUCUAACAGGUGCCUUCGAGACGGAGAGCUCUUUGAGAUAGUCAUUCAGAAGAUGGUGGACCGGUGGUCGGGGUCAAUAGAAGCAGGUAAGAUAAUGGCAGGUGUGACUGCUAUCAGGCCAGAAGAGCUGGAGUUUCCCAACACCAUGACGGAUAUAGACUACGAUACCUGGAUGCUUAGUGGCACGGCCAUCAUGCAGGACGGCAACACCAUGCGUAACAACUACGGCUGUGACCUGGACACUCUGACCACGGGCAGUAGGAUCGGCAUGAUGCGCUCGGCCACCGGCGACCUUCACUACUACAUCAACGGUGUGGACCAGGGGGUGGCCUGCACCGGGCUGCCGCCAGGUAAAGAGGUGUAUGCGGUGAUAGACCUGUAUGGUCAGUGUGUCCAGGUGUCCAUCACCAGUUCCUCUGGCCCUCAGGAUAACAGUCUGUGUACCAGCAACAUCACAGAGAGGAGUUUCCCCAUACACUCCCCAGUGGCAGGCGUGGCCCACCGGCUCCACAGUAAGCAUGGUAAGAACGUGGUUCUACUGGGAGAGGGCUGCCAGGCCGUCAGGGUGGGAGGAUACGCACACGGCAUCGUCUUCAGCGCCAAGGAACUCAAAACAGACGAACUGUUUGAGGUGAAGAUAGACGAGGUGGAUGACCAGUGGUCCGGUUCCCUCCACAUGGGUCUGACCACCCUAGCCCCUCCAGAGCUGCCCUCCUGCCCCAUGUCAGGCCUGUCCCCCUCCCUCACACAGUUCCGGUCCAAGGUCACCUGGCUGCUAGCCGGGUCAGAGGUCAGACGCAACGGACUCCUGCAGAGACAGAACUACGGCGCCUCCCUGGACAGACUGACGGUGGGUAACCGCGUCGGGGUGAAGAGAUGCAGCGAUGACACCAUGCACGUCCUUAUCGACGGAGAGGACAUGGGACCAGCUGCCACCGCUGUGGCCAAGAACGUGUAUGCAGUGUUGGACCUGUAUGGUCGUGUGACAGCGGUGUCCAUCGUCAGUUCGUCAGUGCUGGAGGACGCAGGGAGCGUCAAGGCCCCCUCCCUCUCCUCAGACAGCUGUAGCGAAGGAGAGGAGGACCGUACGCCGGUUGAGGGUGAUGAGCCGGCCCUGGUGCCCAACACAGUCAUGGCCUUCCUGGAGAACCAUGGGAAGAACAUCCAGCUGUCCCAUGAGAACCUGACGGCGGCCCGUGUCUCCAGCUACAACCAGGGCCUCCUAGUCACAGCACAACCCCUGCCCCGACAACAACUGUUCCAGUUUCAGAUCGACCGCCUGAACGCAUCGUGGACGUCGUCCCUGUCGCUAGGGGUGAUUGGCCACUCCCCAGACCGCCUCAACUUUCCCUCCACUGCGUGCUGUCUGAAACGCUCUGUGUGGCUGCUGCAGAGAGACUCUGUCUUCCACAACUCACUGAAGAUCUGUGAGAACUAUGGUCCUAACCUGGACACAUGUCCAGAGGGUACAGUCCUGGGUCUGCUGGUGGAUGGGAACAGCUGUCUGCACCUUUAUGUGAACGGUAUGGACCAGGGAGUAGCAGCCCAGGAUAUCCCUACGCCAUGCUACCCCCUCAUAGACCUAUACGGACAGUGUGAACAGGUUACCAUAGUGACCAACAACGUGGCGACCGUGGGAGGAGAGGGCAUCAAGGCGCGUUGCCAGGGCGACAUGGAGAAAGCGGACAUGGUUGAUGGGAUCAAAGAGAGUGUUUGCUGGAUGCCCCAUCCAGAGGUCAACCCCAACAAGACCUGUGAGUACCAGGCCCUGUGCUCGCGCUUCAAGGACCUGCUGACACUGCCAGAUGGUUACUUCAACGAGGAUGCCAAGUAUAACCUGUGUUACUGUGAGUCGUGCCACAAGCUGCGGGGGGACGAGUCCUACUACAAGAGAGGGGAGCCCCCACGGGACUACGCCCUGCCCUUUGGCUGGUGCCGCUUCGCUCUGAGGAUCAAGCCCCACUGUGACAUGUCCAAUUCGUUUAAGCAGUGGCACAUAGCCUACCACGGCACCAGCGUAGGGGCCCUCAGACGCACACUGGACCAUGCCCAGCUGCUCUCUGGGACGUCGUCCAUCUUCUCUGUGUCUCCGGUGAAGACUGAGGGUCCUAACGGCUACAGUGAGCCAGAGGUGAACAGCAGCAACAGCCUCCCUGACAGGGACAGGGAGGUUCCCCGGGUUCAGCUGUCCCCCACCAUGCGCUACUCCGGCCUGGAGAUGUUCGCCCCCAAAGUGCAAUUCCGGGACCCCCGUUCUCACUGCUGUCACCAGGCCCAGGUGGGUUUCCAGGUGUGUGUCCGGCCGGGCUCCUAUAAGGUGGGGCCCCAGACCCUGGGAGCCAUCGAACCCCUGGAUCCCCGCUUCAGCAACACAGAGAUCGAGUGGAUCACCAAGGAUCAGGGGGGCACCCUCCUCUACGGCCUGCUCAUACGGGUGGAAUGAUAGUGGGAGUAGUGAAGAGAUUGUUGGAUGGAGAGAGAGGGGGAAAGGGAGCUACUCUCUCCCAGCAGUGCCUCCAAAACUACUACUUCUCCAUCAACCAAAUUACAGACUUUGGGAGUCUUUGGAAUUAGGGAAUUUCCCUCCUGUUGCUGGGCGGUUUGUUGAUUGACAAUUCAGCAUUGUUUUGUUUGUUUAGGACAAAGUUAUUAUUAUUAUUUUAAUUUUUUUGUUCUGACACUUUUAACAAGGAGGGACUAGGGUGGAUUCAGAGAAGAACAACCAGACAGACACUGCCUGCACUUUGUUUUGGACACUUCGUGGGCGAUUUUUAUUUUAAAAUUUUAACAUGUAUUUUACAUUUUUUUUAUUCGUCAUAAUACAACACUUGUUUUUUGUCACAGCCAUUUUUAUUUUAGAGCAGUUUUGUCUUCCCGGUCUCUGUUGUUCCCUCCCUCCACUCUUGCUUGUUUUUUUUUAAAUCAACCCCUUUUUACCCCAGACUGAUCACUCUCCUCUUAAGUACGGAGGGAUGGUUCUCCUCAGUUCUCUGUGUAAAGGCUGAGUGCACAACCCGAAACCGGUCCUGUUGCAUUCCAAGACCUGGACCGUUUGUUGAACCACCUCGCAACGUCGACCGCCACACAGUCACUGGCUAUUGGAUUAUUGUUUUUAAGCGAAAGACUUAACCGCAGGUCAGAAGGAAAUUGAGAAAAAGAGCAUUAGAUCAAACAAGGAAAAAAGACUGGAAAAGAACCGUGAACUGAAGGACCUGAGAGCACCUGUAGAGGGAGGAACUCAAAAACUGGUGCAAAAUGUUUACAGGUGUAACACUAACUGCACUGAUCUGAAAACACAGGAUAGGUGAAAACGAUCAGGUGGCUGUUGCCUAAUGGGAAUUUACUUUCACCCGUUCAGUUCCGGUUCAUUCAUAUCAGUGCGGAUGAGGAGAGGAAGCCAUGAAGGACAAUAGAGAUGGACACUAACACCACCAUCAGAACUAGUGGGAGAGACAUUUUUAAAUGUUUUUUUUCGACCGGCCAAUCUGGCCAUUAAGCUUCGUCUCCCGAAUUCUCCCCUCUAUCACUGCUUUACCCCGUGUCAUAUUCACUUCACUGGAGAUUAGAGGGAUUCUAGACAUGCUUUGUAGAGGCAAUACCAGGGGCGUGUUCAGCAGGGAGAAUCCUUUUUGAAAGGAGAGGUUCUACCGGCGCUUGUCCAAUGCACAGUUCUGUUGCAAAAAGUCAUUCUUACAGUGUCCCCUACUGAACAUGACCUCGAUGCAUAAAGGCCCAGGCCCAAUUUCCAUUUCAACUAGUGAUCGAAAUUGGCCCGGACCUGAAGAUCUAUCCUCAUUCUCUCAUUUUCUAUAGCUAGUUCAGAAGGAAAACAUUGUGGAUUGUUGCAGAUAGAAAUGUCAUGAAUGGAGUUGACAGGAUUAUAUACCAGAGGCAUGUUUGUUCUAAAGGUAUUUUUACCUGAACUUUCCACAACGUUGUGCACUGCUGAACAUGCCCGUUUUCUCACGUUGUUUACACUGGUUACGUUUAAGUCUCCCUCUGAUCCAUCCAUUCUGUCAUCGUUUACCAGGGAGGAAUGUUCAGAGCCAAUCACAUCAUAGGGGUGUGGCUUCACCUAGGCGUGUUCAUGCAAAGACUCUUGGUAAAUGGAGUCUUUACGAAAUGCAGGCCCUGAUGCUGGAGUUUACAUUGCGAAUGUGAUUCAUUAGGGUUUUUGUAGUCCGUUUACGUUCUACCUGUCUGCUUCAUGUUAAAACAAACUCCCUCUAUUUUACAUAAUACAUUACAUAGAUUAACACAGGGGUUCAAUAAUUCCUGAUUAAAAUAUUCAGCAAUUUUUUUUUUGUAUGUGGACAGCUCUUCAAAGCAUAUCUUUUAACCAUUCUGUUUUGUUUGGCAACAAAAUAAUCUGAGAUACUUACAUAUUACAUACAUCACUACAUGCAUAAAUAACCCCGCCAUCUUGCCAAGUCAUUGUUUUGACAAAAAAGGUGAGGAGAACAGUGGUAUCGAGUCAAGAUUCAAGGUUGUCGACUUUCCUCACACAACUGUGUGUAAACUAACUUAUUGCAAAGGUGGGGUUUGAAAAAAUGUACUUGCAAUGUUCAAUCAAAAUGUGAAAAAUAUAUGGGUUGUUUAAAAGCCCAGUGCUGCUUUUUACGAGAAUGAAUUUGUAUUCUUUUUCCCCUUUUUUGUUCUGUAUGUUGCAUUGUACAGGCUGUUACAUAACAUCAUCUUCUUGAUUUGUAAAAAAAUGAAAAAAGAAAAAAAAAUGAAUAAACCAAUAGACAGUGCACA